GAACAUCAAGGCUGAGGGCAGCCGUAUUUAUAUGGGACUUUGGGGAUUGCCCGUAACCGUGGUGGCAUUAAAUUAGACAAUUAUGUCUUUCUGUAGGCUUGGACUAAGUCUGUUACACUGGACCAUUCUCAGACCAACAAAGGUGUUUCCAAAACAGAAUCUUGACAUUUGUGUGAGCAGUCAACUUAUUAAAUUACAGAAACCUGAAAAUGUUUCCUGUUGGCUGGUCACCACAUCAUAAGCAGUUAUUAUAUACAUUAGACACAGGUCUCCUUUCAUGGACAUCCUCAGCAGUGGUUGCACACUCUUUAAGUAGUACACUUAUUAAAAAUGGCCUCUGUGUUCUGCAGCACUCUGCUACAGAUGUAACACAAAUUACGCAUUUGUUUAUCACUGUUUUGGACCAGAAGUGUGGCUCCGCCCACCGAGACCAGCCCAACCAAUGAGCUCAUCGCCGCCUCAAAGGCGUGAUCCGUAUAUCUAAACCUCCAGCCUGCCUGUUCAUUGUACUGAGUCAGCGGCCAUGCGCAAAUGGGUCCAGAGGAGGGCUGUGCUGUGUAGGCUGUAGUCUACAUAAGAUCUGUGCCUGCGGGGCUGCACACUCACUGCCGACUGGAAAUCACGGGCAUCAGCUGGAGCCUUGACUUGCGUUUUUUCCCCCCCUCUUCUUCCGAGACGCGACUGUAGAUUUUUUUUUCAGGGGGAGAACAUAAAUCCGGGACAGACUUGACGGCUGCCAUUGGGAUCUCUCCAACAACCCCUCCUCCUCUGAUUCCCGACCAUCUCGGACCACGGAUGCAGAGAGCAGCAACGAUGCGGCGGCUCUGCUGUUAACUCUUUGGGACCCCCCUCCUCCUCCUCCUCCUCCACCACCUCCUUCUUAUUAUUAUUCUCUCCUCUGUGUUGUUUUUUUUUUUUUUGCCGGGUUUAUCUUGAAAUAAAAAAAAAAAAAAAGGAGGCCAAACAAAACCCCCCACAAUGAAGCUCAAGCCGAACCAGACCAGGACAUACGAUGGCGAGGGCUUCAAGAAGCGAGCGGCGUGUCUGUGUUUCAAGAAUGAACGCGAAGAAGAGGUGUUACUGGUCAGCAGCAGUCGACACCCAGACCAGUGGAUCGUCCCCGGGGGUGGGAUGGAGCCUGAGGAGGAGCCCUGUGGUGCUGCAGUGAGGGAGGUGUUUGAGGAGGCUGGUGUGAAGGGCAAGCUAGGACGCCUACUUGGUGUUUUUGAGCAAAACCAAGAUCGGAAGCACCGGACGUACGUGUAUGUGUUGACCGUCACAGAGACGCUGGAGGCCUGGGAGGACUCGGUCAACAUAGGCCGCAAGCGGGAGUGGUUCACCGUGGACGAGGCCAUCAAAGUGCUGCAGAGCCACAAACCCGUCCACGCCGAGUACCUGCGGAGGCUCCAGCUCAGCUGCUCCCCAACCAACGGGAACUCCAUCCUCCCGAGCCCUCCGCCAAACGACAACUACCCUCAUUACAGUGCCACCGCCACCACUCCGUCGACGGGCAGCGUGUUGGGCACCUCCUGCAGAUAGGACUGCACCUAAACCUCGCGAACUGUCCUGCUCGGACCGUUCGCUGAAAGUUUGUACAGUCUUUGCAUGAAUCUAAUGACUUUUCAGAGCUCUCCUGUAUGUAUAAUUUCUAGUCUUGGGAGGACAGGACAGACCAAAGCCAUCACCAGAACUGUGUUAAAGACUCAUGGGAGAUGUCUCUGACUGGGAAAAACUGUGGACAUCUUUCUUUUGCUGGCAAACACCAGACUGAUGAGCUGAAGCAUGAGAAGAGGAAGCUGCAGCACACCCUGCUGGCGUUGAUCACCCGGUGAAGGAAUGCCUUACAGAAACUUUGUAUGAAUGUUGUGUUUGGGUUGUUUUUAUUUCACUAAUGGUCAUUUUUUUUUUAAUUUUCUUUUUAGCAGAACGGAGACACUGUAGUCAAUAAAAGAGUAACUGACCCCGAAGCACGUCCAUGUGGGGAAUGUCUCCAGACCUGAUAAUGUCUUAGUCAUCAGACCAUGAUGAUAUACCACAUGGAACUCACUUUAAAACCUUAAUAUUGAGUGUCAUAGAUCUCCUCUGCUGCAUUUUAAUGUAAAGUGGAUUUUAAACAAUCAUUGGAAACAAAGAUGAAGUUAACUGGCCUAAAAUGAUAAACCCACCCUUACACUACCAAACAUCUCCCUUGGCAUUAAGAUGAAACUAUUUAAAACAGAAAAUAUUCUAGAGAACUAAUAUAAACCAAUACUAAAAAAACAAAAGGGACUAAAUGAAAUGUGUGUAGCUGGUAGAUGACAGGGUCAAAGGUCAAAGAUGUACUGUCUCACCGGACAGAAGUAGCUGUCAGGAGUUGAUACCUCAGUAAACUAAAAACUGGACCUGAGUCAUGAUGCUGCGAGUCCACUAACCUUGACCGAUCCAACAAACAGUCUGUUGUCCGUUUUCCACCACAUACCUUUCAUCAGCUCUUACUGUUUCCCAUGUUGUCACACUGAAAGUAUUUAAUGCGUCUUUGCCUUAGGUAUUAUGAGCUGCUGGGGUCAACAGUUUUUUUUUUGAGAGUUUAUUUAAACUGUUGGUUGAGUGAGACGAUCCAAGUCAUUUGUAUAUUUGACUUUAAAAGAAAACUGCUGUCUGACUGCCCUCUGUAGAUGAAUGCUCGGCAGUUUAAUCACGUCUCACGGUGCUGCGGGGCCAUUUGAUAAAAAUGAACUAUACGAUUGUUUUUUUCCACAUAUAUUACUUUGCGCCUUUGGCCGCAACUAACAGCUAUUAUUAUUAUUAUUAUUAUUAUUAUUAUAUUUCAUUACUGAUUCGUCCGCUGACAGAUUUACAGUUCAGUUUAAUGGUUUCAUUCCCAGAUCACAAACACUUUACUGGUUAAAGAAUUUAUAAAAAUGCAUUUUUAAUAUAAAUACUAUAAUAUUUCAUUCUGUUUUUUGGGUUACUGCCUAAACAAGCUCAAUUUUGGGGGGUUUCAUAGAAAGGAUGAAGGGCUGAAUCCUUCUCUCUCCAUGUUACCUGCAGCCCCUGACUCUUCAUUUUUAAUAGGAAGACAGAAUUCCAGAGAAAAAAGGCUCAAAUUAGCAGUUUCAAUGUCACAUUUCCUUUUUUUUUUUUUUUUGUGCUUAAGCAACACCCACUCACUUCUGUGUUGACAGCUGAAUGAUGACUAGUAACCACACGGAGAUUUGUAAAUAUCUUUGAAGAGAAAAACAUUGAAUUGUGUUUUUAACCUGAAUGAACCUGUAAAUUUUCUCUUAAUAUUUUAUAUAUUUUUUAACAAUGUACAAAUGGCAGGAAUUGAAAAAAAAAAAGAUGGAAAAAAACAUCAUGUAGAAAAACCCACUGAGAACAGUAUGUACAGUAUGUUUGUAUUGAUCACAAUGUGCCACGGGGGUUAGGGACAUGAAGGUCGGCUGGUUGGUUCAUGACUUAAAGCGAGAUGGUUGAUGGUUGACGAUCUGGUGGAAUGGGUGUAUUCAGUGUCAGAUUGAGGUGAUCAGUGACGCAGCAGAAAAUAAGGAAAGGUUAGAGAAUUGUUUUUUUUGUUUUGUUUUGUUUUGUUUUUUACAGAAUGUGUCCGGCAUCUUGCUAAUAAACUUGUGCACAUCAAUAUAAAUAGACAUAAAUUAAGAUGUCUGGGUUUUAUAACAUUUUGGGGGUAAUGUUUCAAACCUAAAGGCACCACAGUCGUGAUCAGACAGAUUAUUUUGCUUUGGUUUUAUUUUGAUUUUGGUAAGACAAAUGCUUCUUUUGAUGUUUAUCCACCUUUAGGAGUAAAAAAAAACAAAACAUGUCACCUCAUUUAACAUUCCCCCCUUUGACCCUGAAAUUCAGCCUCCUUUUGUCUGCUUCCAUGAAAUCAUAAACUUUGUGACACCAAUCCAGCCGUCAUAAACUUUCAACCUUAUCUGCCACAAGUAAGGGAGUCCAACCAUCUUGAACCUCUCUCUUUGUGCGUACGUGUGUUGUUGGUUGAUGAGCGUGAAAUAUGACGUGCCAAAUUGAAAAGUGUGAUCAGGCGGGCUUUUUUUUAUUUUUUAUGUCACGUUACACAACACAGAUUACUUAGGCCAAAAAAAAAAAGAAAUAACAAUCUUAAACAUUUGUUUUUUGAUGUAAUUUAGGAAUAUAAUCAUUUAUAAUGUGAAAUGGUGUGUUUUUUUGCGGGAAAUGAUGACUAAUGAAUCACAGGCACUUAAUCUUUUAACCCCAUUUUAAUCCCCUUUUAAAAAUCCACUUGUCAUGUAAUUGAGCAUAUAAGACUAUCUCAAUCAACAGUCCAGAUAACUUGAGCCCAUUCAUCCAGACACCGACACACCCUCUUCCUUCCAUGUUUGUUUGAUUCUUGGUUCUGUGUUGUUCAAUGAAUGCUGCUUUUAUGGGUCAAGCACUGCAGUCGGAGACACGAGCGUCCGCUAAAUGAUGUAAUUCAGCUCGAUUGUUCGAAACACGUAAUGUCACAUGGAUGUAUUCGGAGCAUUUAAAGAAAACAUACUUGGGGGGGGGGGACCUUGUCACCAUUUUAUUGUCAUGAAUAUCAUGCACAGAGAAGUGUAAUGUGAACGUGAUUUGAAGACCUGGACUGGAAAGAUUGUUGGGUUUUUUUCGGAGAAGAUUGCAUUAAAGAGGAGAAAACAUUA